CAAAACCACUUAAAGAGGAGAUCUUUGCUGUGCAUGAAAACACACACACACACACACACACACACACCCACACACACACACACACAGCUGACGAGGAUGCGUCUUCAGUUCUGUCUCUGACCGCUGAGACUGAAGCAGCUGACCUCAGUGCUGAGACAUCAGUUCAACAUCUGCAGCCACACGAUGUUUCAGAAUGACUCUCCCAUCCUCAAGGCUUCCAAGAGUGAGCAGGCGACAACGGUGGACGUCGACGCCAUCAUGGACAACGUCUCCAUCGUCCUCUACACGCUGACCGUGGUGCUCGGCAUCACCGGGAACUCCAUGGUGAUCUGGGUGGCCGGAUUGAAGCUCAAGCCAAAUGUCACCAACGUGUGGCUGGUGAAUCUGGCGGUGGCGGACCUGAUCUUCUGCUUCACGCGAGUCUUCUCGCUCACUAAGAAGCUCUUCUUCGACCACUGGCCCUUCGGCAUCUUCCUCUGCAAGUUCAACGGCUUCUUCAAAUACGCCAACAUGUUCUGCUCGGUGUUUCUGCUGGCUGUGAUCAGUUUGGACCGAGCGCUCUGCGUCUGGCAGCCCAUCUUCACCAAGCGGCGGCGCACCCUGUGGGCGGCGAGGGUGGUGGCUGUCUGCGUGUGGGCCGCCGCGAUCAUCUUCAGCACGCCGUACUUCAUCUACCGCCAAGUCCACAUGGGGAAGAACAACCUGAGUAAGUGCUCUGUGGACGUGAAGGAGGCGGCGCAGGGGGACAACAGCGCUAAACUGGCGCUCUACUCCAUCCGCUUCCUGUGUGGCUUCAUGCUGCCUUUCGUGGUCAUCCUCACCUGUUACAUCCUGGCCGGGGUCGGAAUCCGACGCACCCGCCUGUCAGGGAAGUCCCGCCCCCUGCGUAUAUUGGCAUCGUUAGUGGUUGCGUUCUUCCUGUGCUGGGCGCCGUACCACUGCCUCCUGCUGGUGAAGAUGGUGGAUAGUAAGAACCCAGUGGUGAAGAUCUGGCAUCCCAUUGCGUCGGGCAUCGCCUACUUUAACAGCUGCGUGAACCCGCUGUUGUACUUCUGCAUGGGGCUGGACGUGAGGGGGCGGUUCAGGCAGAGUCUGGCGGGGGUGUACAGGAGGGCUCUGGCGGAUGACGUGGACGGACAGACCACCCAGUCCAACGAACGCUCUGUGGACGACAGCACCGGGUCGAAACACAGCACGGUGGUGGUGGCAGGAAGGAGCCAGACAACAGUGGACGUAGCUAAACUCUGAGUCUCUCCCAAAGUUCCCUGAACACAUCGUGAGCAUUUAAGGGCCACUUCUUCAUGUUUUAACACAUUAAAGUCCAAGUGAAAUGGAAGUUGGUGCGUCUCUUUGUUAAAAGAGAGACAUGUUGAUAGAAAAACACUCAAAAAUGAGACACAUUUGGCAAAUAAUAAAAGAUAACGGAACAAUUACCACAACUACACUGUUUCACUGUCUUUAAGCACUGCUGAACAUUUUCAGCAGUGAGUCGUACAACACCCACAUGGCCUCAGAUGUUAAGGUGUUAGCUGUAUACACAGUUGUACAUUUGACCCAUUGGUACAUAAAUUGUGUGUUCAUAUUAGUAGUAUAAGUACUGACAGAGUGUGAAUGUUUUAUGAAGUACCACGAGCAAGAUCACAGGUGGUGAAUUAGAUUUUUAUUGUAAUUUAAGUUAAAAGAAUUGCUUUCUGCAGGAAAACGUGUUCAGAGUUUUGAGAGAAGCCUUUGCUUUUCAUGAAAAUAAUGAUGGUGACGUGUUGUGUGAUGGAUCGUCUCUUUCAGACUUGCAGAACCGCUGGUCCUUUGAGAGCUAAGACUUUCUAUUGUAGUCUAGAAGUUCGAAAGUGUUUUUUUUUUUGUUGUUUUUUUUGUAGAUCUUCAUUCAGUGUGGUUUUGUUGAGCAACACAGCGAACUUGUUGUGUGUGUAUUUAAUUUGGAGUUGAAUUUGUCCAAAGCGCUGAGCUCACAGAGCAGAGACUGACUGGAUGCAUGUUCUCAGAAUGAACCCGCUUCAUAUGAUGGACCGAGGUCAGACUCAUAUUUUCCUGUUGUUAUUUGCUGCAUGUGAUUGAAGCCACACAUGAAAAGUGGAACUGUGAUGAGUCUGGGGGGAAGGAAGGAAGGCAGAGGGAAGUGAGACUAUUAAAAGGAAAGUCAGUCUUCACACUGUCUGGGGCUCGGGGGUCACACUGGUGGGGGGAUGAAUCAAAACUGGGCAGUGACUCCACCGCAUUUUGCAAAAGGGUUUUGAGUCUACCUGCAGCCUCAGUGCAGAAGAGGUUUAUGGCUUUUCUGGGUGAAAUUCAUCAGUCCUUAGCAACCAGCCCAUAAACCACAGCUGGACCUGCUCUGCCUGCUGGGAUUCACAUUAGUGCAGUCAGGCUGUUUGUCCUGAACUCACGGCUCUUUAGGUUCUGCUCUGCUGUUUACUGUCGCAGCAGCAUCACGAUGGAUGUUAAUGAUGUAAACUCACAGUGUUUAGUCUCUGAUUUAAAGUUCACGGCGAUGAUAACUCAUAAACUUAAUCUACUUUUUUCGUUGUAAAUUUCUGUAACGCUUCUGUGACGUGAAAUAAUGUGGAGAUUAUAGAGAAUUGUGAUGUGAACAUAAAAGAUUUUCAAGCUGCAGAAAUCGUCUUGAAACUGUUCAAUCGAAGAGAAGCUGGUGGUCCAACAUAAUAAAAGAGUGUUUUCUUAUGGUUGACAGAUAUAUUAAUGUUAAUUCCACAGCCUUAAACUACUCUCCAAAACAAACACUGAGACAAAGAUGUCUGCCAACUCAGCUUAUCACAUAUUUCCACAUUUGUUAUGAAGAGAAUAUUUGGCCUUCCGACAUACGAAGAUAUCAGAGUUCAGCCUUUGGUUUGACUCAGUUCCUCCUCUGAAAAGCUGAAAUGUGAGACAAUAUAAAGAGAUGAAAAAGAGGAUGUGACCUCUCCGAUCUGCAUCGUUACCAAACAUUGUGAAACCACAAUUCGAGAGCAGAAUCGCUUCGGUGGCUUUGCUGCAGACACCCUGACGAGUCACUCUCUGCCUUUUAUUAUGCCUCAGGGCUCCGUCGAGGCCUCACUUUGGCACUACAGUUAUUUAAGAUUACAUUACUACAUACAUUAAAAUUUGCAUGAAAUAUAUGACAAUGUGAGGCACCCUCCCUCCUUAUUAGAUGUCCUGCACAUGCACAUACUGCCACCUGCGUGUGAAGCAGUAGAUUACAGUUUCUAUUCAAGGUAACACGCACAUUCACAGCUACGUGAAGGAGGCAAAACUCAACUCACAUUUCUGUCCAAAAUGUGUCUCAGUAAUAAUAAGAAGAAGUUUAUUUCCGGCUGGUGUCAAAAUAUCUGUGAGAACUCGAGGUACAGGCUGUUUUUUCAGUCAAAUACAUGCAGCUGUUCAGUUUCAGGUAUGAGUUGAAGUUGAGUCAGUCAGUCUUUGGCCUGAAGCUGAAGGUGCACCAAACUUAAUUUGAGAUAUCCUAAAAAAAAUGUGUGAAAGACACAAACUCCACAAAUGAACAAAGACACACAACAUCAACGAGAUGUGAUGUUAAUUUUCUUAGUUUUGAGAGACAUCAGACUCUCACACACAUUAAAAACCGGACACAAGUCAACAAGUCCUCCUCCGAAUGAAACUGCCUUUGAUUUAAAUGUUGCUGUUCGUUAAAGGAAUUUCUUCUUUUCCUGCUAAUCAUUUCAGUCACAGUUAGUUUCAGAUUACAGUUUGUUGGAGGAAAUUAUUUGUGCAGGUUUAGCUUUUGUUGUCAGCACUAACGCAAUAAACAUUA